AUGGAAAUUCCUACAAUGUGUGAACGCCCGCCCAACUCUGCUUCCGCCAUCGCCGCGCCGCCGCAGACAGCAGCAGACCAAAACCCAUCGAGAUCUUCGCUAAUUUUUCUGCGAGCUCCGCUGACAAGGUCGCCUGACGUCGGCCCCGACGUCCGUCGCGCCUCAAACUUCCAUCGCCGUUCGACGCGCCACAGAUUGGUAUACCUGCCCGAAAUAUCUCCGACGACCGUCCAGUUAUCUGUCACCAUCACCCACCGCACUUCAGCCCACCCCCGCCGCUCGCCGCGCCACAGAAGACGGCCAGAACAAUAA